AUGACCCAGGAGGAUUCCUCAAUGCCCGUGUCCCACGAAGAUUUAAAGAUGGCUGUCGACAGAGACUUCCUCGAGGUCUCGUCCUCGCCUUCCAGAAAACGCGCCGAAAGCGAAGUCUCUAGGUACUACGAUGCGCAGGAGCCGGCCAACGGCCCCGAUUCCGACCUGUUAGAUGGUGCCCAGUCUCUUUCACUAUCUCAAAUCCCGGAUACCGAAUUUUUACCCGUCAAUGGACCCCAGACAGCUGGCGAGAGCUCGAGUUAUAGGCCGGGUGCUAGCGUUGGAACUGCAGCUGCGCCGCCAACGCUGCCGUCCCUUCAGCGUCGCGAUAGUGGCAGAGGGAGAGCUAUGGCAAAAGAGCUUCCUAGGAAAUCCUCUUUGUCUAUGCCAACUGCCCCCCUGACAUUCCAACAUCACCAUCGCAAGGGCUCAUCUGGUUCGAUAUCUCGAAUUUAUACCGCCGGAGUUGGUGGUGGUGCUCCUUCCCACGUUCGUCAACCGCUUAGCCAGGGAUUUCUUCGAGGAUCGGCGCCUCCGGAAUCUACUUCUGUCGCAUCGGAAACUCUACAAAACUCUAUUCCUCCCUUCACUUCCAACGAAUCCGCUAGACCCGGGCUGAACGGUCGAACUCGAAGCUUGUCGCGGACAAGAAGUUUAUCUUACAUGAAGAGAAUGGAGCCCGAACUACCCGACUUUAUGGUCUCUGCACCUGCAAAGGUGAUCAUGUACGGCGAGCACGCUGUCGUACAUGGCAAGGCCGCCAUAGCUGCUGCUCUCUCCCUUCGUUCAUAUCUCCAUGUUCACCACCUCCCUCGCGAUAAUCGUACAGUAACCCUUCAUCUCUCUGACAUCGACUUAAAUCACACCUGGGACAUCGAAUCCCUACCCUGGGACUUCUUCAAUUCUCCUGCUAAAAAGCGAAUCCACUUCGACACCGUCACAUCCCUCGAUCCCGAACUCCUCGAAGCUCUCCAACCUUCCCUGGCUCCCAUUGUGAAUAAGUACCACUCUGCUGCCACGGCUUUCCUCUAUGUCUACCUCUGCCUCGGUUCAAAGCAUUCGCCGGCUUCCGUAUUCACACUCCGAAGCACGAUCCCUAUUGGCGCAGGUCUCGGUUCAUCAGCCAGUAUUACUGUCUGCCUUUCCGCGGCUCUCCACCUCCAAUCAGGAAUGCUCGUUCGACCUUCCGCCAAGCUUUUUGAGGAAGAAUGUGUCCGCCAGUUAAAACGUAUCAACGACUGGGCUUUUGUUGGAGAAAUGUGUAUUCACGGAAACCCAUCUGGUGUCGACAAUACCGUCGCUACAGGUGGUAAAGCCGUAUUAUUCCGCCGAGGUGACUACUCGAAACCACCAGAGGUGAAGCGACUAGAGUAUUUCCCCGAGUUGCCACUCAUGUUGGUUAAUACUAACCAACCCCGUCGGACUGCUGAAUUGGUUGCUGCGGUACAUGGGUUGAGGAAUUCGCAUCCGACAACAUGUGGGUUGAUGCUUGACGCUAUUGAUAACGUGACAGCUGAAGCUAUGAUGUUGCUUGAUAACAAGCAUUUCAGGCCGGAUGAUAGUCACCUUACUAGGCUGGGCGAGUUGGUUAGGAUUAACCAUGGUUUGUUGGUUAGUCUGGGUGUUAGCCAUCCGAAGUUGGAGAGAGUUAGACAAAUUGUUGACGGCAGCGGGAUUGGUUGGACGAAGCUGACAGGUGCAGGUGGCGGUGGAUGUGCGUUUUCGAUAUUGAAACCGGUUCAGGCGGAAAGCGACGAAGUCAAGAAAUUGAAGGUUGAAGAAACAUUGAAGGAAGAAGGAAUGGUUACCUAUGAAGCUACACUUGGUGGUGAUGGUGUCGGUGUGCUAUGGCCGGCUAUGCUCGGUAAACCGGAGGAAAGGUCUUCGAUUACCAAAGAAAUGUUCUUGGCCGCAGAGGGAAAUGAUGGUGUCGAAGCCUUGGUCGGGGUCAAGGCCCUCGGGACUGGUAGACUAGCAUGGGGAUUCUGGAGGGAGUGGCUGCCUGAAGAGGCUUAA